AUGCUUCUCUCGACUGCCUUUGUCGCCACGGCACUGUCGUAUCUCGCCUCUGCUGCUCCCGUUCGGCGCUCACUGUGGACCACCCAGACCUGCACGGGCGACUCGUCAGGAGACAUUGCCAUGGGUGCCGACAUUCCUACGGUCAUGUACUCGUACCUCACCUCUUCUAUUAAGUCUGAGCAGUAUUUCACUGGGUCAGGCAACGACUCUUCCAUCAACUAUAAGUCGCUGUGCACUAGCCAGAACGACACUUCAGUCAUCGUGGUCUCUGAGGGCGCCUCGCUCACUCUUAACAAUGUCAACCUCCUCAAGUAUGGCUACACCUCGGACCUCAACCAAGCGUCGUUCUAUGGAGUCAAUGCCAUCCUCAAUGUUGCCAACGACAGCAGUCUCACGGCCCACCAUGUCAACAUGACUGCCCACAACGGCGCUGCCGGUAUCUACUCGUACGGCACUGGUACCGUCGUCACAGCCUCCCACUCGUCAUUCUAUGCCACAGGUCCAGUGUCGCACGGCCUUUACGCUUCCGGCAACGGCACCAUCAAUGCAACCAACUUCUAUUGUGAGACUUAUGGCUACCGCUCCUCUUGCUACUCUGGCGACGGUCCUGCCGGAUACCUCACUGUCAAGGACUCUGAGGCCUUUACCUAUGGUCAUGGGUCGGCUGUCAUGUACACUUUGGGCCAGUCGUACCUGGAAAACGUCCACGGCUACGCUGACCUUUCUCCCUGGACCUUUAUGGAUGGCAACCAAGAGAUCAUCGCCACUGGGUCUGACCUCGAAGGAGGCUACCUUGCCGGCGUUGUUCUCUUCUCGUCGGGUGACUACGCAAACUGCAAAAUGAACGCUACCAACUCUAUCCUCCGUGUUCACGGUUCCAACGCCGCCGCCAUUGCUGUGGGAGGCACAGGGGCCACGAUUGGCCUCGAGUCUGUCAUCAUUCAAUCUGAGAGUGGCUUGCUCCUCGCGUCCAACACCAGCACUAUUCCCCAGUCUUUCCUUGAGUGGUCGUCGCCCGAGGACGCUGGCAAAGACAUUGACCCUGCUGGUGCUUUGGUUACCAUUACCAAGUCCAUCAUCAACGGCGACAUUGUGGCCAUCAACGGCAGCACCAUUGACUGGAACCUCCAGGAGCACUCAGCUUGGACUGGUGCUGCUGUAUUGGACAACAUUGUCGCCACUGGUGCCAUUGGUGUCUACCUCGAUGCCACCUCGUCCUGGACCCUCACCGCCGAUGCCACUCUUCAGAAUUUCACCGUCGCCAACAACGAGCUGAUCAACAUCGAGUCCAACGGCUUCAGUAUCUACUACAACUCGUCGGCGGCGGCCAACUCGUGGCUGAACGGCGCCACCAAGGCUCUCAGCGGUGGUGGAUCGCUUGCCCCGAUGUCGUGA